CACCGCGGCCUACCAACUGGAUUGGCGCGGCCUUUCCUGCCGGAGACCGGCCAGAGCUUCAGCAACGUCACAUGGGAGGGCUGGUCCCUGAAUGCACAAAAUUGACUCAAAAAUGCAUUUACAUAUGAUUAGCCUAUUUAUCACUAUUUCUCUCGGAACCCCUAGCGUCCUGUCGCGGAACCCUAGCGUUCCGGGGAACCCCCGGCUGAGAAACUCUGGGAUAGAAUGUUACCACGCCCGACUGUGCCACACUAGAAUUUAAAACACUUCCUCAACAUUACCAUUAUUAUUUUUGACACUGUACAGGAGGUGAGUUUGCUGUGCCAGUCCGCCAGUGUCGAGGAGUCCUUUCUGAAGAGCAGAUAGUUGUGGGUUCACUUGGUCAGCUUGUACCUCGGAGGUCUCGGGAGAGAGAUGACCGCCAGACAAGUUCUCUGCCGGCUGCUCCUCGCGGGGUUGCUGCACGCCUUCACUGCGGAAUGCAAGACCCACAUUUCAGUUGUCCUAGUGGGGGCCACAGGGGACCUGGCCAAGAAGUACCUGUGGCAAGGCCUGUUCCAGAUGUACAUGGAGGAAGUUGACGCUGGGCUGCACGGUUUCAGCUUCUACGGCGGCACUCGCCUCCCUGCCGCUGAAGGCACUCCGGCCAUGUACGAGAUACUCAAGGGUCUGUCGUGCCUGCCCAAUGUGCCUUCCGUCAAGUGCGUUGUGUUGAAGGACCAGUUCAUCAAGCUGUCCCGCUAUCACCAAAUGAACACCGUGGAAGACUACGCCGAACUCGACAAGAAGAUGGAUGAGCUGCUCGGUCAGGAGGGCCUCGAGGAGGAAGGCCGCCUGUUUUACCUCAGCGUUCCCGCCUUUGCCUACGUCGACAUCGCGACCAACGUCAACGCCACCUGCCGGCCCAGGGAAGGGGCCUGGUUGCGGGUCGUCCUGGAAAAGCCCUUCGGACAUGACCUUGAGUCGGCACAGACGCUAGCCGAGGAGCUGCAGAGGUUUCUCCGUGAGGAGGAGAUGUACAGAAUUGACCACUAUCUUGGCAAGCAGGCGAUCGCCUACAUCUUGCCGUUCCGUAAUGACAACCACAAUUCCCUGGAUCCUAUCUGGAACCAGCAUCACAUCGAGAGAGUGGAAAUAGUCAUGAAAGAGACAGUGGAUGCGAAAGGUCGCACCAGCUUUUACGAGCAGUAUGGCGUCAUCUGCGAUGUGAUUCAGAACCACCUGACGGAGAUACUGACCUUCGUGGCCAUGGAGACGCCGAGCAACAUCAGCGACGCGGAGGAGAUCCACAGGAACAAAAUGAAGGUGUACGCGAGCUCGCAGAGGCUGAGUAAGCGGAGCGCGGUGCUGGGCCAAUACCAAGCGUACAACGGCGAGGUGGUGCUCGAGUUAAAGAAGCCGGCCGACUACAGAACCAACGUGCCAACAUUUGCCGGGGUAGGGAUCUUCCUGGACAGCCCGCGGUGGGACGGGGUGCCGUUCAUCCUGUCCGCUGGAAAGGCUCUGGACGAGCGUGUGGGAUACACCCGCAUUCUGUUCCGGAAUAAAGCCUUCUGCCUCCAGAGCGAGUCGACGAGGAGAGCGGAGUCCAGCCAGUGCAAGCCAAAGCAGAUUGUCUUCUAUGUGGGCCACGGGGACUUGAACUUCCCAGCGAUCCUGGUCAGCAGGAACCUCUUCAAGCCAGUGAUGAACCCGGCAGAAUGGAAGCAGAUGACCGAGCUUCCGGACCUGCACGUCUUUGGGCUUCCCUUGUCCGACUACCACGUGUACACGCCGGUGAUGCAGAAGGAUGCGUACGCGGUGCUGAUCCCGCAGAUACUGCGAGCGAGGCGAGACUCCUUCAUCAACACCGAUGAUCUGCUGGCAUCCUGGAGGCUGUGGACCCCGCUGCUGAGGGAGAUGUCCGGGGCCACCCCGCGCAUUUACCCUGGUGGGCUUCACAACGCCGCCCUGCUGGACCUCACGGUGGCGGGGUCGUUGGUGUCCUUCAACGAGCCCGAGCCCCUGGUGAUCAUCUCGCCCGACCUCCACCCUCAGCCGCCGAGCGACUACAAGGCGGUGGAGUCGAGCUACCGCGGCCACAAGCUGGUGUCAGCGAGCGGCGAGGACCUGGUGGCCCGGCUGGCCUCCGAUCUCCAGCGGGCCGCGGAGGAGACGGUGCGGCGGAGCGGCCGCUUCCACCUGGCCCUGUCGGGGGGCUCCAGCCCCGUGCGCCUGUUCCAGAGGCUGGCCGCCCACCACUGCACCUUCCCCUGGCGCCAGACCCACUUCUGGAUGGUGGACGAGCGUUGCGUCCCGCUGCACGACGCCAAGUCCAACUUUGGAAGCCUCCACGACCACCUCCUGCACCACUUCAAGAUCCCCUACCUCAACAUCCACCCCAUGCCCGUCCACAUGAACCGCCGGCUCUGCGUGGAGGAGGACCGCGGGCCCGACCUCUACGCCAACGAGAUCAAGACCCUGGUCAACGGCUCCAGCUUUGAUUUUGUUCUGCUGGGGGUGGGCUCGGACGGGCACACUGCCUCCUUGUUUCCCCACAGCCAGGCGCUGGGCGAGGGCAAGAAGCUGGUGGUGCUGUCGGAGAGCCCGCUGAAGCCCCACCAGAGGAUGACCCUGUCCCUGGGCGCCAUCAACAGGUCCAAACACGUGGCCAUCUUGAUAACCGGCAAGGCCAAGCACCCGAUCGUCAGCAAAAUGAACAAGGCAGAGGAGAGCUCUCAGCAAUGGCCCGUUACAAGUGUCCAGCUCGCCAACGGUCAGCUGGUGUGGUACAUUGACACCGAUGCUCUCUUUGGUUGACCCCCUUCCUGGGAUCACGUUCUUCUUUCAGACAAUUUGAACUCCAAUGCAGUGAAAUGAUCUGAAAUUGCCUCUUGUUUAAUGAAGUGGUGGUGGUCCUGGGUGGGGGGGGGGGGGGUGGGACUGAGGUUUAAUUCUGAACGUAGCAAUAUUAUGUUAAGAGUGACGAGAGGAUGUAGGGGAAGAUCUACCUCAUCCUCUGGUCCAAACUUGUGGGCGAUGUCACCGCGGUUGUUUUCCUUGGACAAAAUGCUCCCCGUCACGGCAGGACGCCCACUCCAUCGCCCAGCCACUGCCGAGGACAGCAGGACAUUCUCACACCACAAAGAAUGUGUGUUGUCUUUACGAUGUUUUCCUAAAUCUUCCAGCGGUGUCUCCUUCAUCCCAUUGAAGCUGCGUGCAGCUUCAUCACAAAAGCGGACCAGGGCAAAGGCCAGAAACACUCUGCAGGUCGGGCAGCACCUGUGGAGGGAGAACCAUGUCAAUGUGCUGGCCUGAUCUGCCCAGCGUUUUCCAGCAAACGUUCCUCACUGUUUAAUGUUACAGAACACAGUUCAAAGCCGUGGAGUCCGUCCAAAGUUGUCAAUGAAGUAUGGUCCUUUUCACUGACCCAUGGGGUCCAAAGGUUGACCAAAAUGUGGGCGAGCAACUUCUCACAGUCGCCCUUGGGUCUCCUUGCACUGAUGCCCUCAUUGAAAACGGUAGAGCUGCUUUCCCUUUGGUGGCAGAUACCCUUGGCUCAAUCCAGACCUUGUGCUGUAUCUGUGAGGUUUGCGCCUUCUUUCCGUGUAUCCUCCAGGUGCUCCGGUUUCCUCUUGUAUCCCGGUUUGUCGAUCGACUCAUUGGCCUCUGUAAAUUGCCCCUGGUGUACGAGUAGUGGAUGCAAAAGUGGGAUAAAACGUAGGACCAGUGUGAACGGGUGAUCGAUGGUCGGUGUGGAGUCAGCGGGUCGAAGGGCCCGUUUCCACGCUGUGUCUCUUUCAACCAGUCAAUGAACCCAGAGAAAUGUAGUCACGGAGCCCUGGUGCCAUGUUUCAGCUGGAAACAUUGACCAUUCCCACCGACCUAGAGAAGCUGCUCGACCCACUCCGCUCCCUCAGCAGGGUGUUUACUACUCCAAAUAUCUGCAGUCUCUGGUGUCUCCGAAAUGUAGUCGCAGCUGCCUCGAUGGGGGAAGGUGCGGAUGAAUGAAAUUUGCACAAAGUGCGGAUGGCUGUGUUAAACAUUUCAUAAGUUAUAGAAGCAGAAUCAGGCCAUUCGGCCCAUCAAGUCUACUCCGCCAUUUAAUCAUGGCUGAUUUAUCUUUCUCUCUCAACCCAUUUCUUCCGCCUUCUUCCCAUAACCCUUGACACCCUUACCAAUCAAGAAUUUGUCAAUCUCCGCCUUAAAAAUACCCAUUGGCCUCCAUAGCUCUCUGUGGCAAUGAAUUCCACAGAUUCACCACCCAUGAGACUAAAGAAUUUCCUUUUCAUCUCCUUUCUAAAUGGACGUCCUUUUAUUCUGAGAUUGUGCCCUCUGGUCCUAGACUCUCCCACUAAUAAAAACUUCAGAAACAUCAGUCUUUCAGAAAGCCUUUGAUAAGGUCCCGCAUGGGAGACUGGUGACUAAAAUUGGAGCACAUGGUAUUGGGGGUAGGGUGUUGACAUGGAUAGAAAAUUGGUUGGCUGACAGGAAGCAAAGAGUAGGAGUGAACAGGUCCUUUUCAGAAUGGCAGGCAGUGGCGAGUGGAGUGUCGCAAGGCUCGGUGUUGGGGCCGCAACUGUUUACCAUAUAUAUUAAUGAUUUGGAAGAGGGAAUUAGGAGCAACACUAGCAAGUUUGCGGAUGACACAAAGCUGGGUGGUAGUGUGAACUGUGAAGAGGAUGUUAGGAGCUUGCAGGGUGACCUGGACAGGUUUAGUGAGUGGGCAGAUGCGUGGCAGAUGCAGUAUAAUAUAGAUAAAUGUGAGGUUAUCCACUUUGGCGGCAAGGGGGCAGAUUAUUAUCUCAAUGCGGUUAGGUUAGGUAAGGGGGAGGUGCAGCGAGACCUUUUAAGGCUGAGGUGAGAAAAACUUUUUCGCCCAGAUAGUUGUGAAUUUGUGCAAUUCCCUGCCACAGAGGGCAGUGGAGGCCUAGUCACUGGAUGGAUUUAAGAGAGAGUUAGAUAGAGCUCUAGGGGCUAAUGGAGUCAAGGGAUAUGGGGAGAAGGCAGGCACGGAUUAUUGAUCGGAGACGAUCAGCCAUGAUCACAAUGAAUGGCGGUGCUGGUCGAAGGGCCGAAUGGCCUCCUCCUGCACCUAUUUUCAAUGUUUCCUCUCCACAUCCACUCUAUCCAGGUCCUUUCACUAUUCGGUUAUUUUCAAUGAGAUCCCCCCUCAUGCUUCUUAGCUCCAGUGAGUACAGGCCAAGUGCCGUCAAAAUCUCAUCACAGGCAUGGACUGAGGAUCUCCAGAAAGGCUCAGCGAGAACUCAGUUGACAUGAACCGGGCGACUGUGGUGUGAGGGGGAGUUUUGUACCCAGCUGGCGUUACGGUGAAAACUGAUGGGUGGCAAAGGAUGUGGCAAGCAUCAACCCAGGUCAGCAGUGGUCCGAGCCCCAUGUCCCCACGGCUCUGUGCCCCUCUAGGUGCCGGCACUGAGGCAGAACCCUUCCACGUAUUAUUCCGGGGUAAAUCAUUCAUUGAAAGACUUGAAAUGCCUCACGGAAGGAGGCUUUCUCCCCAGUGUUGCGCGGACAGGCUGCAGCGGCAUUGAAACGCCAAAUCCCACCUGCACUGGGUCACAGUAAAUCCCUUCCCAGAGCUACACCGUGGGCCGGAUAAAUCAAACAAAGCUGACUGUGUAUUUCUUGUUCACCUCACCCCCCACCACUUAGUCGGCACAGUGGCGCAGCGGCAGACUUGCUGCCUGACAGCACUAGCAACCCAGGUUGGAUCCUGACCAGAGUCAGUACGUUCUCCCUGUGACCACGUGGGCUUUCUCUGGGUGCUCCAGUUUCCUCCCACGCCCCAAAGUCUUACAGGUUUGUAGGUUAAUUGGCUUGGUAAAACUGUCCCCAGUAUGUGUGGGAUAGUGCAGGGAUCGCUGGUUAACGCGGACUCGAUGGGCCGAAGGGCCUGUUUCUGCGCUGAAUCUCCAAACAAAGCUUUUUUUUUUUACCUAAAAUAAUUUUCAUCAACUAUUUACAAUCAUACAAACAAACCCACCACCAAAAUACAAAAUAAACAAAUGUUCUUAAAUAUUAAAUAAGUAUUUCCCCAUCCUUAUUGAGAAUACAUUCCACCCCCCCCC